CUAAAUAUUCCGUCGGCCAUGUGCCAAGUAAAAUCGCAAUAUAAGCAGGUUCAAGUGGCUCUACAUUUUAAGUUUUUUCGCGAGACUGCUACACUCAUAGUAAACUUUUAAUAUGCCGAAAAUCAAUUUUGGGGUUAUACGGGCACUUUAAACGAUAUAGAUAUACAAUAAAUUUCUGACAUUGUUCAAUUAUACAAAUACAUGCAUUAAAGUCAUUACAUGCUAACCGAUAAACAAAUUUCAAUUGGUGAACGUUGCUUACAUGUUUGUUACUUUAGAGUUAAAAAUUUUAGUAUUCGCACAUUCUUAGCUCUUUUUGGUCUAGUUUACAGAAACAUAGCUACAGUGAUUAAUAUAGAAUAAAGGCAAACUGAGAUUGAGUCAAUACAAAUUUGCCAAAAGUUAGGUGAUAAACGUGUUUUAUAGUCCACGUCAAUUUGUCAAAAGUUUAAAAGGAUGCCGCUUAAGUUUUAAAAAUGUCAAAUUACUUAAUUAACUCAAACGGAUCAUCAUCCAAUGUUGCCAACCGCAUGGUUUGUCCCUUCUUUUUGUUAAUCUCGGCAUUUGCUUCGUUUAUUCUACCCGGAUAAUUCAUAAUAAGACCAUCCAAACCCAUUUCAAGAUAAGUCUUCGCUGUUGAUUUUUUGUCAACUGACCAUGCAUACACUUUGCUGAAAUAGUUUCCGCUAUCUCGAUAUUUCACUUGACUUGACAGUUCGUCCAAGUACUUUUUCGGACUCCAGUUUGUUAUUCCACUGCUAAGCCAAGCGUGAUAUGGAGAAACGCCAAGAUCCCUCAAUGCUUUCUCUUUCUCACCUGAUUCAGUUAACUUCGAUUCCCAGCUGAUGUCGAAGCCAAUCUUUUGAAUGAUGGCUGGAUUCCCAGUUGCUUUCAGUCGACUCAAAACCGCAAGAAUGAAAUCUUUCAAAGUGAAAUCUGGAACGCCUAUUAUUACCUUCAUUUUGGUAGGGUUAUCUUUAUACAACGGAAUUAAGAUUUUGUUAGCAAAUUUCUCACCGGCAGUGCUUAAACUAUUUUUCUUUACAUUUUUCAGCUUAACAUCAAACAUAACCAAAACCAAUCGUCUGUUAAGCUUCCGGCUGUGAGGAAGUGUUCUUUCUCGAAGAGCUUUGAUGUAGUUUCCAAUGUAAGCCCAACGUAUGCAAUCGCGACCAGCAUCACAGGGUAUCCCGUGCUAGAAGUAGUUAGGUGUGCCAUAUUUUGAAAAUGAAACAUCUAUCUCAAGCGCGUUUGCUCCGUACCCCAACCAGGUAUCAAUCUGCCUGACAGAGUUAACCAUAUGAGCUAUAUUGUAUAUAUAGGUCGAACUAAAACGAAAGAAAAAACUGACUUUAAAUGAAAUAUGCAAGGUAAAAAAUCCGAUUUAAAAGUCUUGGGAGAACUUAUUUUGAUCACGGAUGCCGCUAUCCCUUGCGCACCAUGCAUUCAACGGCCAGAAAUGUCCUAAAGAUGCAUAAAUGCGGGAAUCUCUCGCGGUGUAUAAUAAACUUAUUACCUUGGUAAGAACUCCUGUGCGGAGUAAGAACUUCUGUGUAACAGUUGCAAAUCUCGUAGUAUGGAUUUCACAUUUGUUUUCCCCAGUGAUCGGUUAGGGCUAGGAACGAGCAAUCUACUCCGAACCAACAUUCCUUAAUAGUCCCAAUCAGUUCAAUCACGUUGCCAAGACAUGUUAGAAUAGAACUUACAGAUAUACUGUAUGUACAGAACCAAUUUAAUUACGGUUUGAAUACUUUAGGCUUGGAAAGGUGAUAUAACGUACCAGCAAAAAGUACUCAGAUAGCGAGAAUAUCGUUAGUCUAUUGAAGCACAGUUACAGUAAAUAUCUGCAGGACUGUGCAGGUAUUGAAUGAAAUAAUCAGUUUACUCUCUGUUAAACAGUAUUCAUGUAUUUCAACAGCGGCCUGAACAGAACAGCAUAGUGAUAAAAAACAGGUAGAGUAGCUAUAAUUAUUCCAGCACUAUUUUCUUUUAACAGAACACAUGCACACGGGAAACUUGCGACUAAGAAAAACAAUUAAUUGCUAGAGGAUACAGUAUUUGACAAAACUGAAGUGAUCAACUAAACUGUGUUAUGAUGCACAGUAUACUACUGCAGUAGUAAAUUUAUUAGCAAAAUGAGCAAGGAACUAAAUGAAUUGGUCAUUGAAAUAAAUCAUAAAUUACUCAAUUAUUCCAGCUACUGUAAACAAGAAAUGCAUGAUUGUGUAACUUACUGCAGCCUUUUAGUAUAUUCAAAAACGCGAUAAAAAUUCUUGGUAUAUUUUCCUGCAAGAGAAAUAAACGUGAAAAAUUGCAACAAUUAUCACAUCACCCUGGAAGGGUGAAUGGGUCCCCACAACUACAAGGGGAAGGAUCGAAACUAAUCUGACAGAGAAGGAGCAGGGUAGGAGUGCAUCAUUUCGCACAAGCAAAAAGUUUUUGUUUAGAAUUCGCAGUGGCAUUAGACAGUGAAACUUUUAUGGUCAAACUGAGGAAACGCAUGAGUUCAUCCAUAAAACAUAGACGUAUGCAUGUACAAGAGUAAAACAAACAAAAUUGAUGGCGCAAUUCAUUCGCAUUUUGGGGAAAGAUAUACGAAGCUUCGUCUAGUGUCCGUUACUGGAUGCACAAUUGUACCUCAUUCUCCUCAUGUAAACAUAUGUUGACAUCACUAGUCUUUAAACCAAGGGCACUUUUCGACGAGCCAUACAGCCUCAGAGAACAACCUAUUAAAUAAAAUGAAAUACAAUUUUUUUCGAAACAUCGAAGUUCUCCCUGUAUUUUCCAAGUAGUUGUACAGUAUCCCCACCAAUCCACAGCUAUCCAACCACUGGCACUACCUACACUGGCACAGACCGUUCACUCUCUCCAGAAUCGGUCUAUAUACCAAAUAACGAACUAUCUGUACACUAUCCAACGUCAUACCUUUAAUUUCCUGUUCAAAAAGACUCUUGACACCAUUAAAGACUUGCCAUCUUAAAUGUAAAUCUUCUUUCGACAUGCCAUAGUCAGUAGAUAUGUUGUGUAAGAGCUUGCUCAGUGCAGCUAGGUGAAGUGGACCAGGUACGGGCAAAUUUUUCAGCACAUUUUCCUAAAAUGUUUUAAAUUAUAUCGUUUGAAGGGCAAUAGCAAUAAAAAUUAAGUUUGUAUCGUUUGAUAGAACUUUAAAAAUUAAACAACAUAUAAAACUCCUUCGCCGAUCAUGUCUAUAAACUUGUUUAAUUUUUGAUUACAUAUGAUUUAGCUCGAUUUCGUUCCUGCACAUGCACUUUUGAAGGCACUUUUUUGAAGUUACAGCUUUUAACCAGGUAACCAAAUGACUAACCUGGUCCCAGAUGUGACGCAAAAGAAACUCCAAGAUGGAAGCGCCUCUGGUCAAAUCAAUUGUGAAUCUCAUUUCCAUACUUGCAUCAUGAUCAGUUUGGGAAACAAACGUGCAUAUACAAUUAUUAUUUAUAGCUAAUUAUCAUAGCUAAUAAUAGCCUGCAGAUGUACAUUUUUAACAGACUGUGCCAGUGAAGGGAGUGCCAAUGAGAAAGGGAUACAACUACCUGAAAAAUAUAAGGAGAACUUAGACGUUUCGAGCUAAGGCACUUUGUUUCAACAACUAACUUACCCAUGCUGGGCCUUCGCUCUAAACGUCGAUGUCCUCCUUGUGUUUUUCAAACAGUUCUAUCCAUAUCCAUCUGCAGCUUUUUUACAUGCAAACUACAUUACUGCAUUUGGCAUGCUAUAAUUAGCGAUUGUACUGCGUAUGUUAAUUAUGUUCCAAACCGGUUUAACAUAUUUCUACUAAUAUGGUAACCAAUCACAUGCAAGGUCCAGAUUCAAAUAUUGAAGUGACAUUCACAAUCAAUUUGAGGCUCGGUUUCUUUUUGUUGUACCCAUGUAUAUUUUUUUUUUAAUUUUUUGCCCUGCACGUAUCAAAUGUAAAGAGCCAAAGCCCAACAACUGUGUCAUAUUGUAUAUUAUAGUAUUAUGACAUUGGACCAUGCUGACAAAGCUUAACAACACAACUGCUUUAACCCAUUAAGCACAAUGCAGCGUUCUCCCCUUAACGAGUAAAAUCGUCUGGUGUUAUAGAAGUAGUAAAAUAACGAAGUUGUGCAUUAGGGUACAAUACAGGCCUCGGAUUUCCCUGAAAUCAAUCGACGGCAAUGGCGUUAAAAAUUGCCGUAGAACGUAACAGCUGCCCACGGCAAUUUUGGCAGUCUCCACGGCACUUUUCAAAUUACUGUAAUAAAACUUUUAAUUUUAUUGUUACUUUGGAUUUUUGACAAGCUAGAAACAUGUCUACGUAUUUCUUUAGUGUUUUUCUUUCGAAUAAAACUGAGACUAAAAUAGUGAUUUACGCAUUAUUUGAUCAACAUCUGAAUUCAAGUUCAAAGUAGUAAUGCACAGUUGCCGUCGUUGCCGCAAUGAUGGACGGCAUUCUGUUCUCCCUCCACGGAAAUUGCCGCGAUAAACUUCGAGCCCUGGUACAUUCUCGUACCCAGAGCCCUCCUUACGCGCGAUGCGACGAGGGGCUCUGGCCAAAUCCAUAACCGGAUACCAUAAAAACAUGGUAAGAAAACAAUGUCCAGUGUUAGAACUAGCCAAUCACAUGCCAGUUCGGAAUAUGGAUUUGGCCAGAGCCCCUCGUCGCACCGCGCGUAAGAAGGGCUCUGGGUACGAGAAUGGCCCUGGUACAAUAAUGUGGCUUUAAUGAGUAAGUAAUUAGGAUCCAAAAAUGCACAAGACAGUCCCAUUCACAAAUUGUCUAAUGUUGAUAGAGUAAAAUAAUAAAGUCGGGUGCAUUUAGGUGCAUUCCAACUUAAUGGGUUAACUACCAACAUUUCAAUCAGCUUUAAAAUGGUCAUUGAGAAAAGAUACACCAGUCGACACUGUACGACUCUGGCAUAUUCCAUAAGCUUUAUGCUAAUUUCUAUCAAGGUUGGCCAUUUCUUUUAAUAACUAUGUAUCCAAAUAGUUUCCACUAAGACUUGUUUUAAUUCUUCAAGGGUUUUCUGUUGUAGAUGGAAAUAUCGAGCGCAAAUUUUAUACAUUUAUUAGAUCUGACCAGGACCAGUAAUUGUGAAAAAUGCAACUAUUGGUCCUCUGACAGAAAUGGAACCAGUGGCCCUGCAAUUCCGCUGCACUCAACUCAGCAAUCCUAAUCAACUGAGCUACAGAGAGACAGUUGUCGAGCUCUAACCAUAGACAAUCCAGAAGACAUGUCUUCUGGGUUGUCUAUGCUCUAACCACAAGUUCAUGUAUAAAUACUAAGGUGAUGCCAAUGCACGGUUUAUAAAUACAUAUCGGGUUAAAAUAAACUGCGAUCACCGUACGAGAAGCAUUUUGACGGAUGCGAUUUAUCGAAAACACAAAGAGUGCAAUGGAAUAAAACGUAUAGUCUGUACAAUUGCACUCGCAAGAGUGCAAUGGAACGUAUUCCACUGCACUCUUGGGAAAUGGAAUUUUCUAUUCAAUAUCACGUGACCAUAAACAGCCAAUUAAACGAUCAGAAUUCAAUAAGGUAUUAUAUAAAACUAACUGUUAAAGGGUUUUUUAGUAGAUAGAAAUUUUGAGUGCAUAUUUUAUACAUUUACUAGAUCUCAUCUAUCCGGGAACAAUUGCGAAAAAUGCCACCAAAAGGCCUCUGACAGGAAACUGCAGUUCUGUAAAUUUUUAAUUCAAUGACUUAAUCCAGAUAAACUAAUCAGUUAAUAUGUAGCCUAUACAUAUAAGUUGGGCCCAAAAUUCAGAGUUAGGUGGCUGUGGGGAGUGGUCAGGGCACAGGGGGCCCAGGCUCGAUUUUCCCGCGCCCGCCUGUGCCUUCCUUAUGACGAGGGAAGGAAGGAAACAUUGAGACCAAAAUAGCCCAGACUUGGCAUAUGUCACACGAAACUAUCCUCGAUUUUUCGCUUUUAAUGCAUUUCUUUCACGAUUAAUCGAUAUCUCCUGCAAGAAUGAUACCAUGUAACUCUCAAAACAACGAUGCUUUAAUCAAAGAGCUUAAAUUCGCUCUGAAAUCCGUGAGGGAAUAACAAAAUUCGGCCAAAAUAUAUCCGCGUGCCGGGUUUGCUGUGCAAAAGUGGAAGUCGUUGAACAACUCAAAAUACACUCAACCCUGAUUGGACAACGAAUAUCAACAAACAUUUCAUAUUUUUUUAACAAACACAAUGUGAAACACAAUUUAUUAUACAUAUUAACCGACUACAGUUAUAUUUACAUGCAGUAAUAUUUACACUUUAUAACGUUUGUCAAUAGUUUUGAUUGUAUGAUUGAAAUUAUUACAGUACUGUAAAAAAAUAUUGAAAUGUUUGUUGAUAUUCGUUGUCCAAUCAGGGUUGAGUGUAUUUUGAGUUGUUCAACGACUUCCGCUUUUUGCACAGCAAACCCGGCACGCGGAUAUAUUUUGGCCGAAUUUUGUUAUCCCCUCACGCAUUUCAGAGAGAAUUUAAGCUCUUUGAUUAAAGCAUCGUUGUUUUGAGAGUUAUACGGUAUCAUUCUUGUAGUGGAUAUCGAUUAAUCGUGAAAGAAAUGCUUUAAAAGCGAAAAAUCGAGGAUAGUUUCGUGUGACAUAUGCCAAGUCUGGGCUAUUUUGGUCUCAAUGUUUCCUUCCUUCCCUCGUUAUAAGGAAGGCAUGUAUGUGCAGGCGGGCGCGGGCAAAUCGAGCCUGGGCCUGCUGUAGUCAGGGUUAUCUUAAAGUCAUCCAAAUUAGUAGUAACACAAUAAGUAGGAACGCAAAUUAUAAAGAUUUAAGAUUAAAUCAGUUUAAUACAAAAUAACCAGGCUAUAGAGUAGACCAUGGACAAUGAGAAAAAUAAUAUAACUUUGCUUGCAAGCUAAUUAGAAUGCAUUGAUUUCCAUGUAAACUAAAUACUGGAGAUACGCCAACAUUUGCCCUUGAUCAUAGGCUGGGGCGGUUCUUGAAAAAAACCGAAACCGAAAACCGUCAGCAAAAACCCGGGAAAAACCGGUUUUUAAUCUAUAAAUAACACACAGACAUAAGACCGUGUAGCACAUGUUUUUAUUAUGUGAAGAAUUUUGGUUUUAGAUGCUUAAUAUCAACCAGUUCUUGUCUUUUCCAGUUUUUUCGGUUUUUCGGUACUUGGACUUUGGCAAAACCGAAAAAAACGGUCUUUCAAAAAAACGGUAUUUUCUGGUACAGUAUACAGUAGCCUAUAUACUGAAAAACCGCCUCAACCUACUUGAACAUGCCAAUAUUUUUUAAAAUUUACUUUUACUUUUGGAGACUAAAACCCAGGUCAAAAUACACAAUCCUGUGUGCUUUGACCUUGUGAACUGUAAAUCAAUCUCACCGAAAUGUCAACACGGGUUAGUAAUCUGACCUCACUCCAAUACACCAACAAAUUUGAAACCUCAACUAGAACGGUGUGGAGUACAUGGAAUGCACCCUGGUACCUCCCAGGGCUCCAACAGCUAGCGCCUUAUUUUAAAAGGCCGGAAUUACAAAUAGGGGAGGGCAUAGAUCUUUAGUCAGAAAUUAGCCACCUCCACCAACGGGCCAGAUUUGCUACGAAUUUUGGCCUCAAGCCUGAAAAUAAGCGGCCGGUCACAGACAUCGUCCAGUACGAAAAGGUACAGUAAUUGUCAGGUACAACUGUUUUUUGCCGUACACUUUGUAUAGCAGGAUAUUAGUAUAACUAUUGGUGAAACUGUCUACAACUGGCAUUAAAAACUUCAUUAUAAUAUUUCAAAAUACUUGCAUUCCGCAUUUAAAAAUUAUGUGUAUGACUCGAGAUCCAAAUUUCAUUGUGUAUGAAUGAAUGCUCUGCAAUUUAUGAUUGUUCGAUUCCGUAUGAUAUAAGUGGCUUAAUUGUUGUUACUAAGCUUUUCAUUGGCUUCUUUUAUUUCAACGACCACGAAAAACUAUAUAUCUGUAUCUAACUAUAUCUAUAAAUAACACACAGACAUAAAACCAUGUACAGUAGCACAUGUUUUUAUUAUGUGAAGAAUUUUAGUUUUAGAUGCUUAAUAUCAAAAGCUUAGAGACGUACAGUAUAAAAAUACAAGACAGUAAGAAGACAAUGUUAAAAGAACGUAUUUACAAGUUUUCAGCUAAGUCAAGAUUAGCUGAAAUGUUAGCAAUCAGGGAUAUUUUCAAUCAGGGAUAUUUUCAAGCACUUUAGACUAUACUACCGUUUUUUUCUGAAGAAGAUUGGGUUUCUUUGGGGGGGGGGGAGAAUGUUAAAAUAUUUCGUGGUCAGGGGCACACAUUCCAAAAUAGUUUUGGAGGGGUGUAAAAUACGUCGGGACCGACUUUUACGUGUUUACAUUUUGGAAGGCGCAACCAAAAGAGAAUUUUUUUUGAAACUUUGAAGUCUCUAGAUCGUCGGAAAUGGCAUUUUCAGACUUUAGUUUGGCCAUCAGCUGGCUGUAGAGCACAGAAAGAAAGUUAAUUCAGGCAGCGUAUAAUGUCAAUUCUGUAACCUUACUUAUUGUUUUUGGACACUGUCCAAAAAAUAAAUCUAACAGAAACAAUAAUUUUGCUUACUACAGGAUGAUCGGGACAGACAAAUGGUUCAUUUGGGACAGACUUUUUUUACUAUUUCUCAAAAUUGUGAGGGUAUCACACCCCUGCACACCUCCCGUAAUGUGCGGCCCCGUUUGGGGUACACAUUUCUAGUGUGCAUGGGUACGGAUGGUUAAUUUUGCAGGUUGCAGGUUUGCAAUUCCCUACCGAUCCAGACGAUGAAUGAGAUCAAAUACCAAUGUACUGGUAUAUAUAGAAUACAGCAAAUGUCUAUUAUAAGCUAUACUAGAAAAUACAUGCAUGCAGAAACCCUUGCCUUGCUGACAAAACUACUGUAUUAUGUUUUCCAAACAUGAAGUAUUGUCAUGGUAACACAAUAAUUUUGAGAAUAGUUUUAAAAUUGAAAAAUUCCCCCAAAAUGAUCAAUUAAAUUCCCAAACAUGUAUAUGCUAGGUAUGUUAUUAUACGUAAUAUAAGCUUCAAUUUUAUGUAAAAAUCAACAACAAACGCUUUGCAAAACAUUUCAAAAUGUUCUUAAAACUAGACUGCCUUUUACUAGUAAACAUUGAGUUUCAAAAUCGAAAUAAAUUGAUUUCAAAUUCUUGCAUGAAAAUAACUCGCCGUCAUGCCACAGAGAUCAUGCUGAAAACCGGAAGUGGAGAUCAGUUACUGAUCUCAUUUAUCAUCUGGAUGUAGGGAAUUGAAAACCUGCAACCUGCAAAAUUAACCAGCCGGCAUCGGCACGAGUAUUCCUCUAUGAGAUUUUGUGCCUCAGAAGUACAACUACAGUUUUCAACAGCUUUUUGAACAAAACUGUAUAGAAAAACAGGUUUUUAAUGAAACAUUUACCUUAAAAAAAUCAAAUUGUGAAAAAAAAUCAUUGUGGAGGAAGAUUGAGUUUCAAAACCCAAUUGAAGAUUGAGUAUUUACUACUAACCGUAUACCGGUAGUACGAAAAGAAUAUCCCUGGCAUUUUUAUGUUGUUUUUUUUUUCCAGGUUUUUUUAUUUUUCAUUGCUUGGACUUUGAUAUUUGGUAAUUUUGUUGUCAAAUUCCCCACCCAAGGGCACAAUUUCUGAGUCAGAAUACCUGUGGGAAGGGUAUGAGUUGUUAACAAUUUCAGGAUAUUUAUGGCCGAGAUAACAUUGCUCGCCCCAAGUCUCCAGCCGAGAUGUCCAGUACAUGCAGGGUUUUCAUUAAUAGGCGGUUACCGGCGGUUUACCGCCGCCUGUUUGGCCUAAGACCGCCGGCUAUUUUUUUGUGUCUGGUAAAUUUUUCUGAGCCACGUAUAAAACUUUUAAUAAAAAAUAAUUUAAGUAUUGUCAGUCUAUCAAGCAUAUGUACAAUUAUUUAAAAUGACAAGUUAGGUAUUAGUGUUUUCGUUUUCCAUAGUAAACUUAUAAAAUAGGUUCAUAACUCACGAGUUUAUGUCGUAUAAUAUUUCACAUUGUUUUGAAAUUUCUCUUGCCAUUUUCUCGCAACUCGAAUUUGAACGAUCAGCGGUCGCCGAUCUAUCUUAUGCAAUACUUCGUAAAAUAUUUGCAUUAAGGCCCAACAAACAUGGCGGGUGAAAAUUGAAAACAUGGCGAGUAAAAAGCGUGGCAGAGGAAAUUCAACAGGCUUUCAGACAUCAGCUUUUGAUGCAUUUUUCACUCACAAGCAGAGAAGAAUGGACAACACAGGUAGUGUACAUUAUUACCUAUUGUUUUUAAUAUUAAAUAAUCGUCACGGGUCAAUGUUUUCUUGUCAUGGGUCAGUGAUAAAAUGCAUAUAAUUAUAAAUUCUGUUUCAACACAGUGUCAGUCUGGCUGUCAUGACAAAAUAAUUUAAAACUAUUUUAUAAUAGUACCAUAUACCAGUUCACAGUGACACUACAAUGUUGUUAAAUGAAUAAAGAUAUAAUAAAAUCUAUUUCAUAUUGUCAAAAUUUCUGAAGCAAAAUUUCUGAAGCAGUAUUUGAGUGUAUUUCUGAAGCAAAAUUUCUGUACGUUUGUUUCCUUUGACAUAGUUUACCAAUGACCAUGCCUGACCUUGUUAAUAUAUACAGUAAGACUUUACGUACUAGGCAUCAGACUCCCCAAUGAAAACAUGGGGGUCAUUAGCUUGUCUCUCCUUACAGGAACUAAAUAUAAAUAAUAAAUUUAUACAGAGAAACAAUGCAUAUUCAUUUGAUAUAUUAGCCUCUGCUCCUUACUAAACUCUACUAAUGGGCCCUCCCAUGGGGUGAAGUAUGACAAGCUCACACCAUCCACCCCUCACAUAUGCCCUUGUUCCCAGAGGGAGGAGGUACCAAAAUAAUCAAGAGAAUAUGCUUAAAAUUCCAAAAUCUUAAUUAAACAAACACCUACAGUAUAAUCCAUAUGAAUCAUGUCAGUGCCACUCUAAUAUUUUCAUUUAUUAAAACUGAAUUUGUUUUUUUGCCAAAAAAUUUGAUAGCUGCUAAUGUAUGGAUGUGUUUGUAUGUUUCAGAACAUAAAAGUUGUGAUUAUUGUUAAAAAUGUUUUUUUUCUUGCAACAAGAAAUCUACCCAAGAAAGUAAACCAAAAACCCCAAAUGUACUCUACAAAAUUUUCAUUUGUUAUUAGCAUUCUGGUGCACCAUUCAACUUUUUGUGCAUAAAUGAUCCCCUAGGCGAUUGUAAAAACUCCAACUGCAAAUUUAGUUUAUAGAGUUCAGAUUUUACUAGUUCCCCCCGAAAAAAACCACAAAGUUUGUUUAAUCAUCUUUGUAUGUAGUUUUUGGGGUACCAUGUAUUUAUGUACACAUUACAAAUAAUCAAAAAUUAUUCAAAAUGUCCAAAGAGGUUGAGAAGAGUGCACUUGCAUUAUCACACUUUUGUUCACAAAAUAUUAUUUACGAUUUUUUUAGAUGGUGAUGUUCAAGUGGACAAAGAUAAAAAUGAAACUCAAACAGAAACAGAAAGUACAUAUUUUACUGCACCAGCUGAUUCAAACUCAAAUAAAGACAAAGAAACCAGACGUUUACCAGUAGCUACAAUAGAUGAGGCUGGUGCCAUAAAAUAUAUCAAUGAAUCAUUCAGCCACAAUAUAAACAAAGUACACAGUUUCUACUCGUGCAAAAACAAGAAAUGUACCAACCUGAAUCCAGAUGAGGUGAAGCGUAUCAGUAAAAAAGGAGAUCGUUUUCAACAUGAUUGGAUAACAGAUAAUAAAUUAACUUACUGUGAAAAAACGGGAUAUAAUUGGCUUAUUUACGAGGAAGGUGAGGGCAUGUUCUGUUUCAUUUGCCGAAAGCACAAUACUGAAAAUGAACAAAACAAGUGCAAGAAGUUUAAUCUUCAGGCUGGAAUCCGCUUUAAACGUAAAGCAGUAGAGGAACAUGCCAAUUGUCAACAGCAUAAAGCUGCAAUAAUGUGUGAACUGAUUAACAGAACCUCUCCAUUCCAGGCAGAACUUGACAGGAAAGAACAGAAAAACGACGCUGUGUAUUACAAUGCUUUUCUGACAAUAUAUUGGCUAGCAAAAGAAGAGUUACCAAACUUCAAAAUUUCCAGCUUUUUGGAUGUGCUUGAACAAUUAGGAUUGACAGAUAUGAAAUAUUUUCAGCAUCGCUCAGCUGGAUCAUUCAGAGAAAUGUUCUUAGCGCUGGGGUAUCAAAUUAAAUCACAAGUGGCAGAGAAGUGCAGAAAAGCAAAUUGGUUUGGAUUACUGUGUGAUGAAGUUUGCGACAUUUCUAAUCAAGAACAGUUGCUAACUUUCAUUAAGUAUGCUGACCAACAAACCAAUAAAGCUACAACAGAUUUUCUGUCUGCAAAUGACCUGUUUCAGAAUUCACAGUCAGCAGAUGCCAAUACCAUUUGGACUGUUCUCAAUAAACAACUUGAAGAUAGCAAAUUGGAAAAAUCUAAGCUUGCAAGCUUUGCAAGUGAUGGAGCAUCUGUGAUGACAGGAAAGAAGAAUGGCGUGGCAGCUAAACUUCGCUCAGAUAACAAGCCUCUUAUAAAUGUUCACUGCAUUGCCCAUCGAUUAGCUUUGGCUUGUGGCGAUGCAAACAAUUCUGUUUCAUACAUACUAACAAUGGAGAAAAUUCUCAACAACUUUGGUCCCUUUUCAAAAACUCGCCGAAAAAAGCUGCAAAAUAUGCAAAGGCUGUAAUGAAUGCAAGUGAACUUGGAGUCACUAAUGCUAUGACCAGACGUGGAAAGAAGAAACUAAGUAAGCGUUUUCACAAAGCCUGCAGGACCCGUUGGAUGUCCACCGAAAGAGCUAUAGAGGGGGUCUAUAACGAUUUCGCAGCAUUGACACAAACUCUUCGACAGUUAAAGGAGGAGAAUGACUCGGCAGCAAUUGGUCUUCUGAAACAAGUAGGAAAAGUCAAAUUCCUAGGUGCUGUAUAUUUGCUCAACGAAGCAAUCCCAAUUCUUGCCCAUCUCAGCAGAGCCUUUCAAAAAGGAGCUGUUUCGUUUGCAGCCAUUGAUCCUGCCAUUAAGUUUACUUUGGAUGAACUUGAUCUUUCAGAGGGUGGCAGACUUUCCCAAUGUGAUAUGCGACCACUUGUAGCUUCGGAUGAGAAGCAGCUCACAACUUUGGCGAAGGCUUAUGUUGCAGCUUUAAGGGAUAACAUUAACAAUAGAUUUGAUGGAAGCAUCCCAGUCUUAACAGCCUUCAGAAUCUUCAAUCCUUUAGCUGUCCCAAACAGGUCGGAGCCAGUAUUUAAAGAGUAUGGUAUGAAGGAUAUUGUUAUUUUGGCAGAUCAUUUCUACCAAGAAAUGGAGGUCAAAGUCGAAGAUGAAAAAAAAGAAGAGCUAAUAUGCGAGUGGAGAAAGUUCAAAUAUAAUCUUCUGUCCAUCAAGGAUGAUAUCCCAGCCGAGAUACUGACGCCACCAGUGAAGAGGAAUCUGAUUGCCCAAACACCGACAGAAUGGGUGCUUGAAUACCUUAUGAAAAUACGAGCAACUUUCCAGUAUCUUUUCCCUCUCCUGUUGGAAAUGGCGGAGUUGUGCUUGUCCAUUCCUGUGAGUAGUGCUUGGCCAGAACGAGGAGCUUCUUGUGUCAAGAGAGUGAAGACGCGAGUAAGGUCGCGCUUAAAGAAUGACAUGCUGGAAUCGCUACUCCAUAUUUCCAUCAACGGUCCAGAAGUAAAAGAUUCAACAGCAUUAAUCGAUUCUACUCUGAAGCAGUGGCUCGCAAAACCAAGGCGAAAGAUGUCCAUUGCAAAUAAACGACCAUCUAACGCAGAAGGGAGGGCACAUUGUGUAGAUGUGUCCAUACAGGAUGGUUCUUCUGACACUGUCAAUGUUCAUGAUCAGGAAAUGGAAGAUGAAUCGUUAUGUGAACAAGAAGAGUUUGAAGACAACGCUGGAAUGAUGGGGACUGAGGAAGAGGUGGAUGCUGCUGCCAACUUAUUUAAAUUACCAGCAGUAGAUCUGGAAGAAUACGACACCGACAGUGACGUCGAGGACAGUACUGAUAGUGAUUACGAUAGUUCAGAUUCAGAUUAACUUGUUAUUCAGAUCAAAUUUUAGUUCAGAAAAGAAUUAUAAACAUUGUCAAAAGUUAAAUUUACAUUAAACACUUUUCAUAAAAUUGGUUUUUUUUCUAUCAUAAGAUGAAAUCUACAAUGUUGCAUCUUUAUCCAUUGUAUUUGCAAGCAGCGUUUCUACCGAAAAUAGCCUUUCGCACCCUCAGAAAAUCUCUACUUUUGUUCUUCAUGUAGAAACCUGCUAAUUUCUAAACAAGAAACUGUAACUUUUUAGACAAAAAAGUUUGUUUUCUGACCAUUGCAAUUCUACGAGAAUUUUCGCCAGAACGCAGGAAAUGGCAUUUCAGAGACUUUAGAUUUCAAAAUUUUCCGGGGGCAUGCCCCCGGACCUCCCUAGAAAUCUCGCACCUUCGGUGCUCGGACGCCUAUCAUUUACAAUUAGCCGGUUGUAAAGAAAAUUAAUGAAAACCCUGGAUAUAAACAAGAAUUUAAACAUUUGGCUCAAACUUGCCUUUAUUUUAGCAUUUGAUUUUUGGAUAAAUGCUUAGUGGCCAUAUGUAAUGGUCAAUAUACUACAAAGCAUUUAUCCAAAAAUCAAAUGCUAAAAUAAAGGCAAGAUUGAGCCAAGAUGUUUAAAUUCUUGUUUAUAUCAGGUAAGAAGUCACGGGAUGAAAAGACAGAUUUACUGGGGGGGGGGGGGCAGCUGCCCCUCUUGCCUUUUGCUAGGAGGGGCAAGGGGGGGGGGACAGAAGUGCCCUUUGAGUUAUAAAAUACUACCUGAUAAAUCACAUUUCCAGUGAUGCUUUUUGGGCAAAAUCAUGAGGUGUGAUCUUGAAUGUGCGUAUGCUGUCAUUGGCAAGUCAACACAUAAUUGUAUUGUAGGUUUAUACUCUUCACCGGGGUCUAUAGAGGUGCCCUUUGGUGUAACGUUUGCCCCUCUUGCCUUUUUAUCGUUCCGGCGUCCCUGGUCUUAACCUUAACCAAGAAUUUUUAACUAAAUUUUGUGUAUAACACAGUUCUGAUUUUUGAUCGAAGGCGUUCGAAAAUAGUGCUGACGUCAGCACUUUAAUUUUUCAAGAUGCUGUAACUCAGGAAAAUUUUUAAAAUCAUUGAUUCAAAAUUUUUGGUGAACACUAGUAAUAAUAAUAAACAGCAUAUAAAACUUCCAGUAUAGAGUUAUUGUUUGUUACUUACCGUCAAAAUGGGAAAGAUCCAUCACUUUUGUAAUCAAAAUAUGUUGUCAGACAUCUAUGUUUAUAAACAGUCGCAUGGCUACCAUCGAAAAAUAGCGUGAUGUCCAGGUGUAUUCCGGGAAAAUGUCGUGAUAUUCCGUGAUAUUCCGCCAUACUCCGUGAUAUUCCGGCAUAUUCCGUGAUAUUCCGGCAUAUUCCGCCAUAUUCCGUGAUAUUCCGGUAUUCCGGGUUUUCACAACGCCCCCAGACUCGUCCCCAGUCGUUAUUUGAAGUUCAAUUUCAUAAGGACGAAUAGGUAUAUAUCCAUAAAUAUAUAUAUAGAUCAGUACCAAAUGUGGACGCGCGCAAGGGGAAAAGGGAAGGCGAGGGAAAAAAUAAAUUUCAUCUUUCGCCCUUCCCGUGAGCCUCUACGCGCCCACUUCUGGCCGCGCGCCCGCUCUUAAAGCGACUGGGGACGAGUCUGCAACGCCCCCUUGCGAGGUGCGUGUCUAGAAAAUAGAAAUGGCUUUCAUAUUAAGGGCGAGGUUAAGGAAUGCAGUAAUACUAAAAAAUGCAUUAACAUAUAAGUAAACAUAACAACGCUUGUCAAUCAGUCGCAAGUUACAUCGAAUUUCAGUCAGAAUUUUACUUGAACGAAUUUCGAAGUGAAUUUCUGAAAAUUAUCCGACAAAACCUGCCACGUGUUUGUGUUCGCAAGUCACAAGAAGCCGCCAAGUGUUCCACCACGCCGGAGCUAUUUGAAAACGGCGUAGAAAAGUCACAAUAAGCCAUCGCUAAUUCCAUAGGCGUACGGGAAGGAAUGUGCCCGACCAGUGCCCGACCUCCCCCCCGUCGCCAAAAAAUUUCGGUCAGUGUACCAUUUUAGGGGUCCAAAAAUUUUUCGGACAUACAAAAAUUUUUCGUAACAUCAACCAAAUUUUCCCAAACAUCACAAAAUUUACAUAAUUUCCCGCAAAAUUGGCAGAAUUUGUCCCAUUUAUUUUUAUAAUAACCCAAUACGGCCCGACUGUGAAGCGAAUAUUGCUCAACUGGCUUGGUUUGCCCAACAAACUGGGGUUAUUAUUACGAGAGAUUUUAUUGCCUUGACUACUUUUUCCCCGACUUUUGCCCGACUUUAGUUGAACUUUUGCCCGACUUUUGUUGAACAUUUGCCCGACUUUUCGACUUUGUAACCCUGCCCCCCCCCGUCCCGUACGCCUAUGGCUAAUUCACUCUACGCUGGAGCGAAAUCGUUUGAAAACUUUCACGUCACUUUUGCCGUAACAAUUUGAGCACGGUUUCUAAACGGAGCGAAGUGAAAACGGCGGAGCGCUUGAUAGCUUCGUGUGAACACAAACGUGUAAACUCAAAUGCUUUUCAGUUAAAUUUCUUGGGUCUAUUUGAAAUAUUUUGGGUUUACACGAGUGCUAAUUCAAUUUGUAAACAAACUGUAAUGGCGGUUGUGUGAACACAUGUAAAUUCUGCCCUCAUUAGUUCGCUCGCGCGUAGUGUGAAAGUAGUCUAAUUUUCGGUGACGUUUUCAAACGGCGAGGUAGCCUUUAGAAAAAUUUAGAAAUAGUGGAUGUCCGAAGGGGAGGGGGGUAAUUUUGGGCUUUGAUGUCCGGAAAGGGGGGAAGAUGAACCAUUCAAGGAUGUCCGAAGGGGGGAGGGGAUUAUUUUCGAUUUCCUCCGUAGGGGGUAUGGAUCUUUUCUGGAAUGACCCAUUGUAAUGAACAGGGGCGGGGGAAAAAAGGGCGAGCACGUGAGCAAUGCUCGCAGUAAAUGUUAAACAUCAUUUGAAAUCAAUGAAGAUGUGCUUUUGAAAAUUUGAAGAAAUCAUUAACACAACAACAUAUGGUUGACAUGCAGACAGGAUUUUACUACAUCCCGGGCGUUCUUUGUCAGCUAGUGCCCGCAAUCACAAUUAGUAUUUAUUAUCAUGCACCUUACUUUAUUAUUUUACUAAUUGUCUAACACCAGACAAUUUUACUCGUCAGGGGGAGAGUGCUGCCAAAAAUUCUAUAUUUAUUGGAUUUUCAAGAUACUUUUGCUUCUACUCAGUAGUUAUAAUUAUUUGAUCCAGAUAUUGUAUAUUGUCUUUUAUUUUGUCAAAACCUACAUACUGUUUAUGUUUUUACGUACUAAUUUCAGAUUUUACAUGAGCUACUUUGAACUACUGUAUAGUAACAUUUAUAGUUAAUAUAUUCAUUUCAAUGUUUAUAGCAGCCCAAAUAAAAAAUGACCGAGUGACUAUACAGCCGAGAGUCACUUCCAUUUGUAUAUUGUACGUAGUAGUAUAAAUUAUAAAACUUUUGUUUGCAGUAGAUUUCAGCAAGAUUGCCAUUAGUGCAUACAGUAAAGGUGCUGCAUGUGAUAAGUGAAGCAGGUUGGGGUAGGGACCGACCGUGAGUGUUUAUUGUCUGACUUAAGUCAGUAAAGCAUUUUUUUCUUAAAUUUUUUUUCCUGCCUUCUUUAACUCUCAAAAGUUAAGCUGGUUAGGAUUAGUUUAAUAGGGUUUGGGAUCAGUUUAUAAAAAUUAAAGUGAUUUUAAAAAGUUUUAAUUAUCUGUUUGAAUAUUGAGUUGCCAACUCAACCGAUGAUAAUCCUAUAAUUGUGAUCACGGGCACUGACAAAGAAUGCCCGGGAUGUACUCUUAGUAAAAUCCUGACAGACAUUUGCGCUCCCAGGAAGAUCGAAAAAUACAGAAAAUUAUUUUUUCCUACCCUGGUAAUGAAACAGCUGAAUUUAACAUAUUUCUGAUAUAUCUGCCCAAAUGUUCUUGAUUUUUCCACUAUUUCCAUGGUUUUCUAAAGUCCCAGUUGCCCCCCCCCCUUUGCCCCCUGUCCUGUACAUCGAUCUGUCUACAGUAUAUAUACUAAGAUCUAUGCAAUACUCACAUUGAAAUGUUUUUAGAACUAUCCUUGAAUUUAAAGGUUUCACCGGUCUGAUAUUGGAUGCUAGAACUUGACGUCCACCACUCGCAUUGGCAGUUCUCAAAGCCCAAAAUCGUUGCAGGUAUUCCUCCGGGAUCAGGAGUCUCUCUUUAUACACAACCCAUGUGACUGUCUCAAAACAAGGUGGGCUGGUAAAUGAACCUUUGUACAAGUAAAAAUCAUCUCUAUUCCUUGGCAAAAAGUUACUGAAUUUGAUUGCAAGUUUCGUCUUUGAUCCAGGAGAUCGAAUACUUGCAAGCUUAUCUGAAAAUGGACUCCAAAAUGAGUUUUGCGAAACAUUGGUGGAAACAUCAACUAGUACCGAUAGCACUAAUACUCCAUCAUACUUUUCUUUAGCAAUUUCAAAUCUUGUAUAUUUCAAGUUAUAAUGAACAAGGUGUACUUCCAUAGAUGCACUUUUACCAUUUAUUUGGUGCUCCGAGCCCGAGACUGCAUCGCCGUUGCGCCAGUGAAAAUGCACUUCUUCUAGUUUAUAGUGAUUAUUUAUAAACAACCGGUUCCCGAUCACUGAAACAUUGACGCUAGAAGGCAGUUCAAGUUUUGCAGUCUUGCCAUUAUUGGUGAGAUCAGCUUCUAUUGGUGUCUCAAAAUUCUCAAAACAGAGUGUGACUUGUUUUGUAAAAGUUGCUGCCUGAGAAUCAAUAAUAUUGAGCGGGCUUUGAUACAAUCCGGCACAAUGUUUCCAUGUUUCAUCCCACUUCGUUGUAUUCCCGUAUGACCAGUCGCAAAAUACACUGUUCAUAACCAAACAUUUAAUAUAUACAAUACAUAAUACAUAAAACUUUAGCCAAUUUCCCAUGUUGACUAUUAUACUCCGACUCGAGUGCUAUUAAAAGGUCCACAAAUAUAUUAAACGACACAGAGUAACCUGUAAUACUUCCCAAUGGUAAUAAAAAUUUUUUUUAAAACCACAGAAAAUCCUUUGGAUAAAUAUAAUAAAUAAAAUUGAUAAAUAAUACGUAUAUAAUCACCACUACUCAUUGCAACAUAUAACCUCUGAUAAAAACCAUAUUCACUACAGUGCUUCCAUUUUCAAAAUCAAAAUUUCUCAUUUUUGUCAUCAAAAUUUCUCUAAAUUCUUAAAUUCCUUAGAUUGUAAAAGAUUGUAUAUAUUUAUUUCCUUGAAAAUUCCUUGAAAUUUCAUUACGCAGUUUGCAGUGACUUUGUAGGAUUUAAUACAACAUAUUUCUUUCCAUUGAUAUAAUUAAUUAAUUAUUCACAGCGCUUGGCGCCAAAAGUAAUAAAUCCCAUCGCUCAAGAAUUUUCAGAAGUUUUCGGAAACAUGAGGAAAAAGUUAAAAACAGAUUUUUAAUUAAAGAUAAUUGAUAAUUCACUCAAAAAUUCAAAAAAUAGUGAAACGUUCCUUUGCACUAAUGCACUUGGAUGAAUAUUUAAGUUUUUUUUGAAAAAAUCCUUAGAUUUCCUUAGAUUUUUUCUCUUCCUUAGAUUUUCCUUUUCGACACUAGAAUUUCCUUAGAAAAGGAAAUAUCCUUGAAAAUGGAAGCAUUGUCACUAUCAUUCUCUGCAUUCUAGGUAACCAGGCCUUACAAAAAUUACCAAAUAGUAGUACCAUAGUUUACUAAAUCAACCAAACAUUCACAUUGUAGUUAAGGAAAGUAAAUUUAUCAUGCCAAGGGGUGGGGGGGAUGAAGAUGUUAAGGGGGGCACCGAAAUAUUUUCUGGCAUUAAAGGGGGGCUCUGAAAUUUCUUGAUAUACUGAAGGGCCUCCAAACUUUUCAAAGUUUUGGUCCAGCAGAGGGGCCUGGAGUGUUCACUCCCACCAUAGUUAAUUUAGAACAGAUGGUUUGGAAACUCAUUAGAAUAACAAUAUAACUCAUUACCUAUGUUAGUGAACAAUAACAUUUAUAAAUCUGGUCUUUUACCGUCAACCAAUAGCAAUGUUUUAAGAAAGUUACCUAUCCAUGACUCAAAGUCUCAAACAAUAGGGUAAAUUGAAAAUUGCUAUUG